GCCCUAGCAAGGAAGUCGCGCGAGUCGCCCCGCCUCCUUCAGGAUUGAGGAAGUAAUAGGACAGACAGACAGUGAGACAGACGGACGAUGGGUUAGAACGUUGCAUACAGUGCGAGAGCUGAGAGUGAGAGAGGAGACCUGCCAGGGCUGAGACACCACAGUACAGUCACCGCUGCAAAGGGUCUCCCACGCGUGUAAUGGCCAUUUGUAAUUGUUUUUUGUUACACUGCCAGUGGGCUGGUUCCUGAAGAUGUACUGGUGUGUUGGAGUUGAAGCAUGUGCUGGAAGCCGUGCUGGAAGCAUGGAUUCACACAAUGGAUCCACAGGUAUGGGAAACAAGCAGGCCAUGCCCGGGGAACUUGUGGUGAAUCAAACCCCAGUGAUAGCAGAGAUCCAGGCCGCAUAUUGUGAGGGGGAAAGAGACCGAGCGCCUGAUCUGGUGAAGGCCGCCUGUGAGGAAAAUCUUCCACGGCACGAAAAGUAUCAGCUCCUGAAACUCACAGCUGCUUAUGGGGAUGUGCCCUCCGUACGGUAUCUGCUUCAAGAGGCUCAGGUGCUCUUACCCACCGAACCCAGCGACGACAAUCCAGCUGUUUUGGCCGCUCAGUGUGGCCACGGAGAUACUGUUGCAUUGUUACUUGAUUCCUUGCCAGAUGUGUCUAGCCACAAGUCUCUCCUGAACUGGCUGCUGGUCACCUGCUGUGAGAAGGGUCACUUUAGCCUAGUGAAACUCUUGAUACUGACCUAUCAUGCUGACCCUGAUUGCUAUGCAAUGAGAAGUAAUGAGUUCCCGGCCCUCUGCAAACUGCCGCUGUAUGCCACCAUUAUAGCAGGGCAUGAAGACAUUGCAGAGUUCUUGUUGCAGAACGGAGCUGGUUUCUGUUCCUACAUAUUGCUAGACAGCCCAGAUCUGACCAAGAAACUGCUGAGGAAGAGAAGUCUUGCUGAGAGCAUGGUAAAUUGGGACCAGACACCGAGUGUCUCUGUACAGUGGUCCAGCCUUCAUUUGCCAUGGAUAGAUCUCGAUUGGUUUAUAGACAUUUCCUGCCAGAUAAGAGAACUGGACAUUUCCUCGAAUUGCCUUACCUCCCUCCCGUCUGUCAUUCCAUGGGGACUUCUCAACCUGCAAACGUUAAAUCUGAGUAAUAACCAGCUAUGCGACCUUCCCAGUGUGCAAAGCUCUGAUGAAAUCAUCUGCUCCAGAUUGCUAGAGGUUGAUGUCUCUAAUAACAAGCUGAUGUGUCUUCCCCCUGGAUUUCUUCACCUGAGUCGACUUCAGAAGCUCUCUGCAGCCAAUAACUACUUGGGGAAUCUGUUUAAAGAAGAUGGCAUUAACUGGAUUGGUCUGCGGAGGCUACAGGAGCUGGAUGUGUCCGAUAACAAAAUCUCCGAGCUUCCCUCCUCUAUCCUGCAUUGCUUCAAAUCCCUGAGGCGUUUGAAUGUCUCAGGCAAUAAGCUGAAAACAUUCCCAGAGCCCUGGGCCUGCCCUCUGAAAUAUUGUAAAGCUUCUAAGAACUGCAUUGAAAUGCUCCCAGAAAACCUUUCCCUUUUCUGGAGAAAUCACCUGCUGGAAGUAGACUUGUCAGACAAUGCCCUGAGGGAUGUCCCAAAGGAUCUGUUUCAGUUGGAGGUUUUGCAAUAUUUGAAGCUCCCAGGAAACCAGCUGACUUCAUUGCCGCCCCCUGACACCUGGACCUGCAAGCAUCUCAAAUGUUUGGAUUUGUCCAAGAACCAGCUGGGGAGAAAUGAGGAGGGCACCAAGACCAGACGGGUACCAUUUUUCUCUACCAAGUACAGAACGAGAACAGGGACUGAAGGAGGCUUCUCGUUGGAAUUUCCUUUAUACCUAAAAGAUUGUUUAGAAGUUCUGUACUUGAAUGACAACCAGUUGGAUACCUUUCCACAGUCUGUGUGCCAGUUAAAGAGUCUGACAGAGCUGUACCUGGGGAACAAUCCAGGUAUAAAGGAGCUUCCUCCAGAACUUGGCCAGCUUGCAUCCUUAUGGCAGCUGGACCUUGAAGACCUGAACAUCACAAACCUGCCUGCAGAUAUCAGGAAGGAGGGACCAGUGACCAUAUUGGCGUACCUGCGUGCCCAGCUGAGGAAAGCAGAGCGCUGUCAUCUUGUGAAGAUGAUCAUUGUGGGUCCCGCACGUCAAGGGAAAUCAACACUGUUUGAGGUUCUGCAGACUGGGAGAGCAACCCAGCAGAUGCAAGGAGAAAGCACUAUCAGAACUACCCGCUGGGAGCUGCAUAAACCUAUGGGAACUAAGGCAAAGGUUGAUUUCGUGCAGUUCCACGUGUGGGACAUGGGAGGUUCCGCUACAAUGUCGGCAGUGAACCAGUGCUUUUUUACAGACAAGGCCCUGUACAUAGUGGUCUGGAACUUGGCUCUGGGUGAGGAGGCUGUUUCUAAUCUCCAAUUCUGGCUCCUAAACAUUGAGGCCAAAGCACCAAAUGCUGUGGUUUUAGUGGUGGGGACUCACCUGGACUUCAUAGAAACCAAGUUCCGCCUGGAGAGAAUCGCCACCCUCCGUGCCUAUGUAUUGGCUCUAUGCCGCUCUCCAUCUGGGUCUAGGGCCACAGGCUUCCCAGAUAUCACAAUCAAACAUUUACAUGAGCUCUCCUGCAAGACACUGGAUGGUCUGGAAGGGUUACGUCAGCUGAUAUUCUGCGCUGCGUGCAAUAUGAAAGAUGUGGGAAGCACAAUUGGCUCCCAGAAACUGGUGGGAAGGCUGAUCCCCAGAAGUUACCUGAACUUUCAGGAGGCAGUGCUGAGAGAGCAGCAGAAAAGAGCGCAGAGGGAUCAGGUCCAGUAUCUGACUGAUGAGCAGAUAGAGCAGAUUACAGAGCAGAGCCCCGAGAAUGAUAUUGGAGACUAUGAGGACAUGCAAGCAGCGAUUGGCUUUCUUAUAGAGACCGGCACCCUGCUUCACUUCCCAGACACCAGCCAUGGACUGAGGAACCUCUACUUCCUGGAUCCUGUCUGGCUGUCUGAAUGUCUGGAGAGGAUCAUUAACAUUAAGAGCUCCAAAUCUGUGGCCACGAACGGGGUCAUAAAGGCAGAGGACCUCCGGAUGCUGUUGGUCGGCACUGGCUUCACCAAGCAGACUGAGGAGCAGUACUUUCAGUUCCUGGCAAAGUUUGAGAUUGCUCUUCCCGUGGCCAACAGCAGCUACCUCUUACCUCACCUCCUUCCUGCCAAACCGGGCCUGGAUAUCUACUCCUUACGGCAAUCUACUGGCAACACUGUUCAGAGGGUAUUCAAGAUGAGCUUUGUCCCUGUAGGAUUCUGGCAGAGGUUCAUAGCCCGCAUGUUGAUAAGCCUGUCUGAGAUGGAUCUUCAGCUGUUUGAGAACAAGAAGAACAACAAGCCCCGCACUAGGAAGUCUGCGGUAUACAGCUUCACAGGCAACCAGCGCAACCGCUGUAGCACCUUCCGGGUCAAGAGGAACCAAACUAUCUACUGGCAGGAGGGCUUACUGGUUACCUUUCAAGGUGGCUACCUAAGUGUGGAAUCAUCGGAUGUGAACUGGAAAAAGAAGAAGAGUGGAGGAAUAAAGAUUAUUUGUCAGUCGGAAGUGAGAGAUUUCUCUGCUAUGGCGUUUAUCACAGACCACGUGAACUCCCUGAUUGAUCAGUGGUUUCCUGCUCUGACAGCCACAGAGAGUGAUGGCACGCUUCUGAUGGAACAGUAUGUUACUUGCAACUCCUGUGCAGCCAUCUUGCAUGACCAGAUGGAGGAGCAAGAGAAAAAGGAACCUCACUAUUUCAAUAUGGAGGAUUGUGUCCUAGCUGCAGUGGACACAGACUUUCUGGAGUGUCCCAAUCACCCUGAUGUUGCGGUGUCCCUGCAGGAACUGGUCCCUGAGAUUUUUAUGACUGACUUCCCCUCCAGGUUGUUCCUUGACAUUGGUGACUUGGAAUACUCAGAAGAGAACACUAAUAUACUGGGACAAGGGGGAAGUGGAACCAUUAUUUACCGUGCAGUGUAUAAACGCAAGCCAGUAGCUUUGAAGAUGUUCCAGAUAAAGAAGUAUCGGACUUCUGCAGAGGUCUCCAAAGACACAAUGUUCAAGCACCUGCAGGCUAUGGAUGCCAUGAGAAACUUCUCAGAGUUCCGCCAGGAGGCCAACAUGCUACACUCCCUACAGCACCCAUGCAUCGUCUCCCUGAUCGGCAUCAGCAUUCAUCCUCUCUGCUUUGCCCUGGAGCUGGCUCCACUGGGCAGCCUCAACACUGUCCUAACAGGGAACAGCCAAGGGUCCCCCUCGUUCAUGCCUCUAGGUCACAUGCUCACACAGCGUCUGGCCUAUCAGAUUGCGUCUGGUCUUUCUUACCUGCACAAGAAGAACAUUAUAUUCUGUGACCUCAAGUCUGACAACAUACUGGUCUGGUCCCUGGAUGUCCAUGAAACUGUGAACAUAAAGCUUUCAGACUAUGGCAUCUCACGCCUCUCUUUCCAUGAGGGGGCUUUAGGCGUAGAAGGUACCCCUGGAUACCAAGCACCUGAAAUCCGACCUAGGGUCGUCUAUGAUGAGAAGGUGGACAUGUUCUCCUAUGGGAUGGUUCUGUAUGAGCUGCUCUCUGGUCAGCGUCCAUCUUUAGGUCAACACCAGCUUCAGAUCUCCAAGAAGCUGUCUAAGGGAAUCCGUCCUGUCCUGGGUCGCCCAGAGGAGAUUCAGUUCUCCCGGUUACAGGAAUUGAUGAUGGAGUGUUGGGACACUAAACCAGAGAAGCGCCCUCUAGCUGCAUCAGUGGUCCGGCGCAUGAAUGAUCCCAGCUUCUCAGUUUUCAAGUACCAUAUCCUGUGUGGGAUGCAGGAGACAUUCUGUGUAUCCAGAGAGCAGGACAAUACAGUCGUGUUCUGGGUAGGAACGGGACAAGCAAGGAACUACACAGUGGUGGAUGUGAAGAAGGGUCAGAUGGAAGUGCGAGGCCUGAGCUGUCCCGGGUCAAGGAUGUGCAGUCAGCUGAAAGUACAGAAUACAUUGUGGAUCUCUACUGAGGACCAGCAUAUUUCCAUUUAUAGUCUGCAGGGGAUGUGCCCACUAAGUGCGCCUCAGAAAGUGGUUGACACACCAGCUAUUGUGACUUGCUUCCUGGUGGUGAAUGUGGGGAAGAGCUCCUGCUUGGUGUUCGCGGGCCUGGCAGACAGCCUGAUCUCUGUAUUCCCAGUGACCAAUGGUAUUCCCAGCAGCGACUGCUCAUAUCUCUGUUCACGCACCGCAAACCGAUCCAAAUUUAAAAUAGGAGAUGAAGAUCCCCGACAGAGUCCAUACUCAGUGGUGGCCAUGGAGAUCUUGAAUGGUGGGUCUGAAGUCUGGUAUAGCAAUGGACCUGGAGUCCUGAUAGUGGAUUGCACGUCACUGGAGAUUUCUAAAAGGCUGGAGCCUUACAAUGCACCAUCUUCCAUUAUCUCUAUGGCAGCUAGUUCAGAUUGCAAUGGAGAGGAGACUGUUUGGUGCUUAGACAAUAAGACCAACACUUUAGUUAUGUAUCAUGCUGCUAGUUACCAGCUGUGUGCCCGAUAUUUCUGCGGGGACUGCAGCCCUUUAAGAGACAUGUUUACUGUUAAAGUUAGCUCUGAACUGGCACCAAUCACCUUGCCAGGAUCAACUAGUAACAGUCAAUGCCAAGCCAAUAUUAGUUUCAUCUACAGCCAAGAUCGAGGAACACAGCUCAUCAGCCACCAGGACUCGCUCACCGAUUAUUGUUCUGUGUCCUCGUUCUCCUCUUCUUCAUUGCUUCAGGGGGCAGCAAAGUCCUCCUCCAGCCUGCCCAGCAGUCCAGUCAGUUACAGCAGUGUCCUAUUAUCCACGGAUAGUGAGGAUCCUGAGAUGUUACGAGAACAGAGACCCAGAAUCCCCAGCGAGAGCUGGGGAACCAAGGCUCCACCCUCAGAAGAGGAGAAGUUGCGUGUGCAAGCGGUGCGGGUCCUUGCAGUGAAGGAUUUGCUUUGGGUUCCCAGGCGGGGAGGUGACAUCAUAAUUAUAGGACUGGAGAAGGAGUGUGGCGGACAGAGAGGGCGAGUCAUUGCAGUAAUACAGCCUGAAGAUCUGGCAAAAGACGGGGUUUGCGUAGAAGCUGCUGUCGUGUCCAUGGAUUCAGUGGUUUGUUGCCUGCAGAGUGAGGCACUAGGGUGGUGCCUGUCAGUCUGGAGAAGCUGGGGGGCUGCAGAGUUUGACAUUUUCUAUAAUUCAGCCGAGGAACUGAGGAGAAUGGAGACUUGCAUGAGAAAGAGGAGGUAGCAUAAUGAUGAUACUUCUCUCUCUCUAACUAACCCUGCAUUCCGUUGCUGAUACAGUUCCACAUCUUCAUCCAGACAGAAGAGAUUCGCUGUAAAUCAUUUUCCAGGAUGGAGAAGGAAGAGGAGCCUGGUAGAGAAACAUAAUGAGACUGAGAUGCUAUUCUAUGCCAGCAAUUACUUAGACAGGAGGAGUUGGAUAAAAAGAAGUUUCCACCUGUGGUCUAGAAGCACACUGGAUAAAUGCCAAAGAUUUAAAAAUGAUAACUACACUGACGUGCAAUAUUUGAACAUGGGCAGAGAACCCGUGCACCCCAGAACAAAGACCCCCAUCAUCCUAGCUGUGUUUAUGCUUGGAAUAGAUGUGCGGCAUUUAGGCUGGCUGAAGGUAAUUUCAGUAAUAUAACAGCAGAGUAUGCAUCAGGGAUGUAUUGCUGGACUCCAUAGAACGUUACUCCUGUUGCCAUGUAAAGUGAUAGAGUAUUUAUUAUUUAGGCUAGCUGAGCUAGAUUUGCAAGCUUUAAAAUGAAGGGACUGGGUUUUGCUAACUGUAUAACUGCACUGUAUCCACUGCACAUAUGAAACACAAUGGGGGGAAUCCAAUUAUACAAGAGCAGGUUGCCUUUGUGAAGGAGUGUUAGCAGUGGAACCCAAACUCACCCCCCUGCCUGAAUCGCACUACAAUCCGUGAGUCUGGUGGCACUGUGAGUGCGGCAUACAGAUGCUCUUACUCGCGGGUGCGAACUGCUUCCACCUAAUUGGUUUCCCCCCAAUGUCUGUCCGCCACUUAGAAUGUGCAAUAUUAGCGUCUCAAUGGCUCCCUGACUGCAGUUCUCACUCCUCAUCUUGGAAAUGAGUACAUGUUAACUCCUGGUGGCUCUAGUACUGCUUUUCAGCAAUAAACAUUAAUGGUUUCUAAA